AUGGCGACGGUACAACUGUUCAGCCAAUUCCCCUGCAAAGCUCGAGUGUCGAGCUCAGCGAUCUCUAAAUACCUCCCGAAGACUCCAGUUCUGGUGCCGAUGAGCUCGAUUUGUCGCCGUCCGGUGUUAUCAACCAGAGGAAUCGCUGUUUCCCGGGCGGAUUUCAGAGCCCGAGCCACUGAUGCGGAAGACGAGUGGGGUUCGGAUUUGGUAGAGACAGGAUCUGCUACUUUGAUGGCGGAGGAAGCAAUCGAAGCUGUGGAGGAGACGGAGCGGCUGAAGAGGACGCUGGUCGAUUCGCUGUACGGAACAGAUCGGGGUUUAAACGCAUCGAGCGAGACCAACGCGGAAAUCGGAGAUCUAAUCACACAGCUCGAGUCGAAGAACCCUACCCCAGCUCCUACCGAAGCUCUCUUCCUCCUCAACGGCAAAUGGAUCCUCGCUUACACAUCGUUCGUGGGUUUGUUCCCGUUGCUUUCAAGAGGAAUCGUUCCGUUAGUAAAAGUCGAUGAGAUCUCACAGACCAUUGAUUCCGAUAACUUCACCGUCCAGAACUCUGUUCGUUUCGCUGGUCCUCUAGCCACAACCUCGAUUAGCACAAACGCCAAAUUCGAAAUCAGAAGUCCUAAACGCGUCCAGUUUAAGUUCGAGCAAGGCGUAAUCGGGACUCCACAGCUAACGGAUUCGAUUGAAAUCCCGGAGUAUGUUGAGGUUCUUGGUCAAAAGAUUGAUCUUAACCCAAUCAGAGGAUUGCUUACCUCGGUACAAGACACAGCCUCGUCUGUGGCAAGAACCAUAUCGAGCCAACCACCGUUGAAAUUCUCUUUGCCAGGGGACAAUGCGGAGUCGUGGCUCCUCACGACUUAUCUGGACAAGGACAUUAGGAUCUCUAGAGGAGACGGUGGAAGCGUCUUUGUGCUCAUCAAAGAAGGAAGCCCUCUCUUGAAUCCUUGA